CCUCUCCUGGAUUUCCUAGUCGCUCUCGCUGCUGCUGCUGCUUGCCUGCUGCUUGACUACAUUGUAUCGGUUCCCACACGAAGAAGCAAACGCGGUGCUCUCUUUCACAAACGGGCGAACACGGAGGAAUUAACCUGGAUGGAAAGCCGUUCACUGUGGAAUUCAUUCGCAGAAGGCUGCGACCGAAGAACCGCUUCGCUUGGGGCUCGGGAAGGCAGCGGUGAAAAUGCGCCUGGGACUCGGCUGUUUUCGCUGUGGACGAUGUCUCGAAGUGUGAUGGCAGAAGUCCAGUGAAUCGCUGGCCUCCCCUCCUCUCUUGUGUUGGGUGUCUGGGGGAGUGCGCUGCCACUGGUUUCUACUAGAGCUUCAGAUUGUAUUUAGAGGUUUUACUGCAAACUCAGUCGCCUGCACGUUGAUUUAUUCUUUACACGGAGCGCACACCGCCAUGGACGGAGAGCGGUUUGGAAUAGGAUUGUUUAGUUAAGUCGGACACAAUGUGGUUAAAUGGGACAGAAAGGAGUAGAACGUGAAGAUUCUCUGACCCUUGCCCCUGACUCCCAACCGUCCGAGAGGGUGUCGGACCUCACCGAGGCAUUCCUGGGCCGUUGGCACUAAAAUGUCCCUAAGUGGUGGCACUGCAGGCGGGAAAGGUGUGGACUCGAAUGCGGUGGACACUUACGACAGCGGGGAUGAGUGGGAUAUCGGUGUUGGAAAUCUGAUCAUCGACCUCGACGCGGACUUAGAGAAGGACAAACUUGAGAUGUCUGGCACCAAGGACAGCAUGGCGGCACCACCCAGCGCAGUGGCAGCGUUGCCCGACAACAUACGAUUCGUCAGCCCGGUCUCCGGCGCUCAAGGCAAGGAGAGCAAAUCCAAAUACAAGCGCAGCAAGAACUCUAAAGACAAUAGCAGCAAAGCUUCCGCGGAUGGGGGGAAAAAGGAGCCCACCGGACGGACUCAAGGGGAACCAACAGGUGCAGCAGCAAGCGCGGUCGCUGCCGGCAACAAUUCCACCUCCGGGAAGAACAUGGAAAAAGGGGGCAAGGCCUCCCGAGGUGUUCUCGGUGGUAAAAAAGACAAGGAAGGAGCCGGGGGGAAAAAUAAGAAAGACAAAACAGAUGGCGCCCCAGUCGUGGCAAUUGGUGUCUCUGAGAAGGACGUAUCUCAGGCCCAAGUUGCUUUGGGAAAUAGUCGUAAUGCAUCCUUUGAGAACACACAAUCAACAGACUUGGCAGAUGCUAAUCAAAUGGGGAAUAUUGCACUUGAAUCUGUUGGGAUAGUACCAGCUUUGACCUCCAAAACUGAACCAGAUGAGGUGGAAAAUGUUAACAGUGAAUGCAAGACGUUAAAGAAGAUUAAAAAUGAGAAGAUGGAAUCUCCCGUCUCCACGCCAGCUCCUCCCCCUCUCCACCUGCUGGCCACGGUCGGCAACAGCGAAAUUGCCUCGCCGUGCGAGCAGAUAAUGGUGCGCACGCGCUCGGUGGCGGUGAACACAUCCGACGUGGCCCUGGCCACAGAACCCGAGUGCUUGGGACCGUGCGAGCCCGGAACCAGUGUCAACCUUGAAGGCAUCGUGUGGCAAGAAACUGAAGACGGCAUGCUGGUGGUCAAUGUCACCUGGAGAAACAAGACCUACGUUGGCACCUUGUUAGACUGCACACGGCAUGACUGGGCUCCCCCCAGAUUUUGUGAAUCACCCACAAGUGAUCUGGAAAUGAGAAAUGGUCGCGGUCGAGGUAAGCGAAUGAGACCGAACAGCAACACACCGAUCAAUGAGAACAGCAACUCAUCAGACAGCAAGGGCGCCACCAACAACAAGACGCGUGCCGCCUCAAACACCAAGGGCCGUAGGGGCAGCCAGACACCAUCAGAGCGCCGCACCCCUCCAAACAGCAACACGGAAGACAUCAAAGCCAGCCCUUCUUCGGCUGGAAAACGCAAGACCAAACCUGCCUCUGACAUGGAGCCCAACUCCAGCUCAGAGGACACCAAAGGCAACAAACGAAUGCGGACAAACUCCAACAAUGGAGGCGUGGGAGCUGCAGGUCUCUCUAUCCCUUCUAUUAAGACGGAAUCACUUCCACCGCCACUCGAUCGCAGCUGUCCAUCUCCGGUUCUUAUAGACUGUCCCCAUCCCAACUGCAACAAAAAAUACAAGCACAUCAAUGGACUGAAGUACCACCAAACCCGUGCUCACAAUGAUGAUGACAUAAAGUUGGACUUGGAUGGAGACAGUGAAUAUGGCGAGGACUCAACUCUCCACCCUGAACCCGGAAACUGUAAUGGGGCAUCUAUCUCCCAGAAAGGAUCUUUGUCCCCAGCACGUUCAGUUACUCCGAAAGGCAGAAACUUUGAUGCACAAAGUCCUUCUCCUUCUCCUGGAAAGUUUGGUUCAAAGCAGAGUAAAAAGAAAAUAGUUGAGGCUGAUCCAGACACAGGAGGAGCACCGAUGGAUGGCUGUGAAGAUGGCCCAUGCCUUACUGAUGAGGCUAGUAAUGAUGGCAUAGAUGAUAAGAGAGGAUCAGAUAAGUCUAAGAAGGCUAACACUGGUACAAAAACUGAUAAAAUUGCCCAGAAAAACUUGAAGUCGCCACGUCCUAUUGGCCCUGGACCACCAGGAUCCCAACAAAUGUAUCCAUUUCCACCUGGAAACCCAAAUUCCUCCCCAGGACUAGCCCCAAUGAUACAGGGAAUCCCCAAGAGCCCUCAAAUGAGAGGAACACAGCCUAAACCUCCUGCUAUUGGAGAUCCAGCUUCAAGUAGUUCCAAAGACAAGAAGAAGAAAGACAAAAAGAAAAAGGAUAGUCUAAAGGACGCCGAUAGUCCCAAGCCUCCGGGAAAGGGUGGAAAAUUAGAGGAAGCAAAGCUUCCAUAUUCUGAGCCUUGUGAUCAAGGGAAUAAGGGAGAAGGUCUCCUCAACGGUUCCUCAGACCCCCAUCAGAGUCGCUUGGCCAGCAUCAAGGCAGAGGCUGACAAAAUUUACAGCUUUUCCGACAAUGCGCCAAGUCCGUCUAUUGGUGUUGCCAGUCGGAUAGAUGGCACUGGUAUGCCGCAACCUCUCACACCACAUCAUGUGGUAAAUCAGAAUGGUGCUGACAACUCUUCAGUCAAAACCAAUAGCCCAGCUUAUUCAGACAUUUCAGAUGCUGGGGAGGAUGGUGAAGGGAAACCAGAUGGUGUCAAAGUCAGGACAGAUGACCAAACCAUCAGGGAAAGCGUCAAAAAAGCACUCUUUCCAAAUCAGACACCCAACAAAGAUUCCCCUUACUAUACCAAUUACGAGGCUUACUACUCUCCUAACUAUGUAAACCCCAGUCCCGGUGGCCCAAAUCCAGUUGCACCAGUGGCUGAAGGUCAGGCUAAGAUCAAAAGAGAUGAUGAACAUGAUCAAGUUGAGGAGAAAGUAAAGGUUGAAGUUCAUGAAGAGCGAAAACCUGACCCCAGUGUUGCUGGCCAACAGCAACAACAGCCCUCAGUCAUCCAGCAGCGGUCAAACAUGUACAUGCAGCCUCUGUACUACAACCAGUAUGCAUAUGUACCCCCGUAUGCAUACAGCCCUGAUCAAGCCUACCAUAAUCACUUGAUGAACACCAACCCAGCCUACCGGCAACAGUAUGAGGAGCGGCAGAGGCAGAUGGCCGAGCAGCAUCGAGCUGCUGAGAAGAAGUCUGAUGUUGUCAUGAAGGAGCGAGAAGCCUCCAUGAAGGAGGAGUGGAAACAAAAGAGCCCAAUGCCACCAAGCCUCUCCAAAGCCCCGAGUCAGUCAGAUCUCGGAAAGAUACCACAGCCACCAAGCAAAUCCAGAGACUCGCCUUCUGAGCUGUCCUCCAAGUCUAUUGGAAGCAUAAAGGGGGAGGAUCCAAAGUCCCAGCAAGCUGAGGGGCUGAAGAUGAAACUGACUGAAGGGGGUCACCAUGGAAAGGAAGACUCUUUGCAAGCUCUCGAUUCCAGAGGCCAGGCAGGGAUGGAACAACCCAUGUGGUACAGACAGCCGUACUCAGAGAGCCAGAAACUCCAACUAGAGGAUGAACACCAGCAACAACAGCAUCGGAGGAAAGACGAAAGGGAAAGGGAUCGAAAAAUAAAGGAAGAAAGGGUCCGGCCGAAGGAUGGUCAAAGUGGACCCAAGGAGGAUGGAAAAGACUGCAGUGAUCCCAGAAUCAGUGCCGAGGACCAUCGAGCCAUGAGCAAAGACUCUCGUUCUAACCCGCACAUGCAGUUCACAUCACAACUAGCACAGCACCAAGGCUACUUGCCGUACAUGCAUGGAUACCCCUAUGGACAAGGCUAUGACCCCAACCACCCAGGAUACAGGGGCAUGUCUUCGGUCAUGAUGCAGAAUUACCCAGGUUACCUAUCUGGAAGUUAUCCUUUUUCUACUUACGGGAGUAAAAUGGCGGGAGGUGAGGACGGCAGCGAGAAAUCCCGCGCUAGCCCCACGGUCACUAAAACGGCAACAGACUCCAAAGCCCUGGACAUCCUGCAUCAUCACGUCAGCCAGUACAAGAGCAAAUCCCCCACGGUGGGCGACAAACCGCCCCACGACAGAGAACGGGACCAGGACCGGGGAGCCGCCGUCGACAGGGAGCGGGAACGGGAGCGUGAGAGGGACAGAGACAGGGACGUGGACCGACCGCGCUCGUCGCCGUCCCAGCGCAUUAUGCCCUCUCACCACCACCUGGCAUACCCGCUGCUCUCAGGGCAAUAUGACCUGUCCUAUGCCACAGGGAAACCUGACCGUCACACCUCAACCCUGCAGAGAUUCAUGUGACUGGCUCACUUGAGAGCAACAUCCUCUGGUUGUUACCUUUUAGACAUCAGUUGAAUGGUGUUUCUAUCUUUUAUUUUUUUAGUUUCUCUGCCCCAAGGCAAGGCAGAAUGUUGUUGCUGUUUUUGUUGGGUUUUUUUUGUUGUUUUUUUUUUUUUUCUUCUCCUCACGAAAGACCCCAAAUUCUCCGAUCCGAGGACUGUAACACGACUUAAGAGUAUAACCCAGGUUCAAAGCCAUCGCUCUGCCCCUUCCCGCAGAGGAAACACCGACCCUCUGAAUACCUAGUCUUUGCACUGUCGACAAAUACAAUGCAAAAACAGA